AUGAAGAUUGUUCCUCAAUCCCUCAAAACAGAUGUAAGUAAUACGGCUCUAUUGGGUGCUGGAAUGCCGCGGGAACGCGGGAGUUGCAAUUCACGGUCUGCUUAUAGUGGAAACCAUUUCGGUGUUCUUCUGCCGUAUGAUGACUUCGAUAUCUUCGUCGUCCUCGAAACAGUCGGAGCUAGUAAUUAUCCUUCUUGGGAGGCUUUGACGCUUGGAACUUUCCCCGGCCGUGCCCGCAAAGCUGACGCCUGCGGUGAUCCCUGGGAACAUCCAUCGGGACCGGUGGCACCAAAAUUUUCACCUACCACCCUCCACCACUUACGGCGUGCUAUAAGAUCUUAG